AUGUGGAUUUGGAUAUUAGCGACUAUGUUGAGUGAUUUUGAAGCUGGUAUUGUUAGGCCUUACGGUGAUUACUAUCAAUAUAUUGUAGCAAUUGGUUGUAUUUUUAUUGUAUCUGCUGCAACUACUCUGAUUGUAUUUGGGGUUAUUAGAUAUAAGUUUCACCAAUAUCGGGCAUAUUUUAGUGAAAAAAAAAAUAGCAAGCAUAACAACAGAGAUUACGAAAAAUACAAACGUUACUUUAGUCAUGUAAAAACUGCUAUUAUUUGGAUUUACUUUGUUCAUUCGGCUGAAGUUAUAGUUUAUAGCGCUCUUCAAUACAAAUACGUCUUUUCAGUACUCUUAAAUAUACAUUUAGAUCAGCAGACACAUAAUGGUGUAGAUGCUACUGAAAAGAGUAGCUCGGCUAAUUUGCUUACCUUAAACUAUUUUUUGAAAUUACUUUAUUUCAUCUCGUCCACUGUUUUAGUUUCGACAUAUCAUUUUCCUAAUUUAGAAAAAUAUGUAAUGUUUUGGAGGGAUAUUGAGACUAGGAGUUACCGAAGUUUUAUUCGUAAAAGAACUUUUUUCCUUACCGUUAUCCUUUCCUUACUUCAAAUAUUCUUUGAAUAUUAUUGGUUUUGUACCCCUUCUAUCAUUAGCACAGUUUUCAACACCAUUCUUACCACGGUUUUGACUCGUGCAAUCGCAUCGUUCUUUUCUAGUCAGGGAAUAGUUAAAUACAUUUAUAAAAAAUCAUCUGGUGAAGACACUAAAGAAAAUCAAGAAGUCAAGAAAUCUAAUGUUUACGCACAAAUUCAAAUUUCAGAUAUUUUUAAUAUCAGACGUUUUAGUAUAAAUAAGAGUGGUAGUGGUAGAAAUGUUUUAGAUCCUAAUCCUGAUAGCUUGGAAAGAUAUAAAAUUUCUAAAGUGCGUGGCAAUUAUUAUGUUACUAAAAAAAUAAAUGAUACAAACAAUAAUGCAGAAAAAGUCACCCAAUCUGAAAAAACAAAAACAAAGCAAUAUUACUACCCUCUGCCUGUUGAUGAUUCUAUGUAUUUUAUUGAAUUUGAAUUGGAUGAGAAGAAAAAUACCGAUGGUGAUAUCAUAAUCGAUGUUGAUAAAAAGAAAGAAACGAAGAAAUCAAAAGAUGAUCAAAUCUGUGAUGGAAUCGAAAAUGUCACCAAAGAUUUAAAUACUGAUAAAAUCGUAUUUUACGAACUUGAAAAUGGAAAAAUUGGACAACAAGAUGGUCGCGGCGUCCCCAAUUUCGUUCCAACAGAAGACACCACAGAACCUCCAACAAUUGCAAAUGACGACGAAAGAAUUACCACCGACACCAAUCAUGCGAAGAAGGUCACUGGUAGAAAAUAUAUGAAAAUUGAUGGUUAUGUAUUGAUAAACAUACUUGAAACAGGAUUUCUUAAUUAUAUUAUUUAUUCUCAUCGUUCUACUAGUUCAUGA